CCCUCCAGGCCGGCCAAGCAGGGAGACGUGGUCACUGCGCGCGUCGCCGUGGCCAGCAACUCCACCGUGGACUUCUUCAUCCUGAGAGCCAAGGUCAAGAAGGGGGUGAACAUCCUGAGCACGCGGACCAGCGAGCCCCGGCAGUGGGACGUCAGGCAGGAGCUGGGGAACGGCGGCAAGCAGGCCACCGCGGCCGUGGUGUGCCAGCGCCUGGCGCCCGCGCGCAACAGAAGCAGCAGUUUAUUCAAUGAGGUCGUACAGAUGAAUUUUGAAAUAGCCAGCUUCAGCAGCCUCUCAGGGACGCAGCCCAUCACCUGGCAGGUGGAAUACCCACGCAAGGGGACCACAGACAUCGCUGUGUCUGAGAUCUUCACCAGCCAGAAGGACCUGGUCGGCAUCGUGCCCCUGGCCAUGGACACUGAGAUUCUGAACACCGCCAUCCUCACAGGGAAGGCUGUCGCCAUGCCCGUCAAGGUGGUCUCCGUGGAGGAGAACGGCGCCGUGACGGAUAUCUCGGAGUCCGUGGAAUGCAAGUCCACGGACGAGGAUGUCAUCAAAGUGUCCGACCGCUGUGACUACGUCUUUGUCAACGGCAAGGAGAUGAAAGGCAGGGUGGGCGUGGCGGUGAACUUCACGUACCAGCACCUGAGCGCCCCCCUGCACGUCACCGUGUGGGUGCCCAGACUGCCCCUGCAGAUUGAGGUCUCGGACACAGAGCUGAGCCAGAUUAAAGGCUGGAGGGUCCCCAUCGUGGCCAGUAAGAGGCCCGCGCGGGACAGCGAGGACGAAGACGAGGGGGAGCAGCGGGGCCGGGGCUGUGCCCUCCAGUACCAGCAUGCCACCGUGCGGGUCCUCACCCAGUUCGUGUCUGAGGGCGCCGGCCCGUGGGGCCAGCCGAGCCACCUGCUCAGUCCUGACUGGCAGUUCGACAUCACCCACCUGGUCGCGGACUUCAUGACGCUGGCGGAGCCCCACGUGGCCACGCUCCAGGACAGCAGGAUCCUGAUCGGGCGGGAGGUUGGGAUGACGACCAUCCAGGUGUUGUCCCCGCUGUCUGACUCCAUCCUGGCCGAGAAGACGGUGACUGUGCUGGAUGACAGGGUAUCGGUGACAGACCUGGCCGUCCAGCUCGUGGCCGGGCUUUCCGUCACCCUCCACCCCGGCGCGGAGAACAGCAAGGCCGUCACGGCAGUGGCCACCGCGGAGGAGCUGCUGCGGGCCCCCAGACAGGAGGCCGUGGUCAGCACGUGGCUCCGGUUCAGCGACGGCUCGGUGACGCCCCUGGACAUCUACGACACCAAGGACUUCACCCUGACGGCCACCUCCCUGGACGAGGCCGUGGUGUCCGUCCCCCAGUCCCGCUCGCCCCGGUGGCCCGUGGUGAUGGCCGAGGGCGAAGGCCAGGGGCCUCUGGUCCGGGUGGACAUGACCAUCGCCGAGGCCUGCCAGAAAUCCAAACGCAAGAGCGUCCUGGCCGUGGGCAUCGGCAGCAUCAAGGUCAAGUUUGGCCAGAAUGACGCCGACUCCAGCCCCGGAGGGGACUAUGACGAGGCUGAGGUCAAGAACCACGCCAGCGACCGGCGGCCGAAGGGCCAGGACGGGCACGUCCACGGCAGCUCCUCGGCGGAGCGCGAGGAGGGGGCCACCCGGAGAGGCAGCACCACGGCCAAGUCGCUGCUGGACAACAGAGUGGUCAAGAACAGCCGGCUGGACGGCGGCGGGCGGGCGGGCGAGGGCCAGCUGCAGAACAUCCCCAUCGACUUCGCCAACUUCCCGGCGCAGGUGGACCUGCCCGAGGCGGGCAGCGGGCCCGGGGCCGGCGACCUGGUGCAGACGACCCGCGGCCUCAGCGACCUGGAGAUCGGUAUGUACGCCCUCCUGGGGGUCUUCUGCCUGGCCAUCCUCGUCUUCCUGGUCAACUGCGCCACCUUCGCCCUCAAGUACAGGCACAAGCAGGUGCCCCUGGAAGGCCAGGCGUCCGUGACCCACUCGCACGACUGGGUGUGGCUGGGCAACGAGGCCGAGCUCCUGGAGAACGUGGGCGAGGGGUCCCCGCCGCCCGACGAGCACACGACCAUCAUAGACCGCGGGCCGGGGGGCUUCCAGGAGGGCAACCGCCUGCUUCUCAACGGAGCCUCCCAAACACCCAUGCAGAGCCGGGUGCCCAGGCCGGCCGAUGCCGGGGGCACGCGGGGCGGGGACCAGAAGCACGAGCCCCUGCACUCGCCCACCUCCAAGAGGAAGAAAGUGAAGUUCACCACCUUCACCACCAUCCCCGCCGACAACGGCUGCCCCACCGUCAACUCCAUCCUCAGCGGGAACGAGGAGGACAUCAAGUGGGUGUGCCCGGACGCGGGCGUGGGUGCCCCCAGGGAGCUCAGAGACUACCUGGAGCAGCUCAAGGACAAAGCGUAGGCCUCUCUGGCCGGAGGCCAGCGCCCGGGUGCCCUCCUUCGGUUCCGAGAAUCAGGCGGGGCAGGAAGAGGCCCCGGUGAGUCUGAACGGGGAGUGAACGCCUGGACCUCGUUGGAGGCCGCUGGGGAGUUUGGAAGCCGGGAAGGGGCGUUUUUGUAAUCAAAGGUUUUCCUAGCGGCUGGCCAUGGCAGACUUUCUCAAGUCAGUGGAAUAAACGGAGGACGGAGCUGAUGGAGACGUUCGGCCUGCGGCGAGGCCAAAUUAGGAAGGGGAUUUUGUGAGUCAAACUAUAACCCAGACAAGCUACCAAAAAUUAUUUGUUAAAAAAAAUGCAAAAAGACAAAUAAAAAGAGACGGAGGUAAUCACCUGUUUAUAUUUCUAAUAAAGGAGCAGAAUAUAAAACCAGGGCCUGCUAAGAGACAUUGUCCGUGUUAAUUCAGUAUUCUUUUCAUGAGGACGGCCUUUGACUGUCACCCUGGGGUGGGGAGGAAAUGUCUGAACAUCGGCUGCCUCUCGGCACAGACCCGAGGAUUUUUACCUCUUUUUCUUUUCUUUUUGCACAUUUUCUUUCUUUCCUUUUUUUUUUUGCCUCUUGUGUUCUAGCCUUCCAUUUGGUUUAUAUUUAAUGUUUAUUUCUGAGGAUCAAAUGGUAUAUUUUCCUAAAUUAAACAAAGUCUAUUCCUGUACGUUAGAUGAGUUCUGAGAAGCGAUGUGAAUGAAUCCAUCAUCAAAGUAGCACGUUUGAUGUUUUUCCAUUUUCCCUACGGUUCUGUUGCCAUUUGCUGGGUUUUCUGCAAUCAGCGGGGGCCCUCAGAGCCCUUCGGGUGGGAGGGAAACUGCCUUCACGCACCACCACCACCACCACAUCCACCGCAGGGCCCAAGCCGGUGCGGGCACAUUGGCAGAGGGCGUUCAAGUGGGGCCCAGCCGGCAGCACAGAGCCCGGCCGGGGCCCCCGACCCCUCGUCGGCUCCGUCACUGGCAUUGAGCGGAGGCCUUUACACGGAGGAAGACGAAAUCAAUCCACAAGAGAGAACUCAUACCCAAGAGUAACCAGCGGCAGGCUCGCGGGGUAGAGCUGCCCCGAGACGCGCUGACGGUGAGAAAUGAAUAACGAUUAAAAAAGAAAAGAAAAGAAAAGAAAAG